AUGUCGCCGACGAUGAACAAGGUAUUAUCGUGGUUGGAUAACGUUGACUUGCCAUCGUCGCCAGAGAAGACAGGCGAUGCUUCCAACCUCGAACUGGACCAUUAUAAGACCGAGUCGCCAUCAGUCUACGCCCGGCCGCCGUCUGAUAUAGGAAGAGUAUCCGACAAGAGCGAUGCCGAUAUUCUCGAGGACGGGCUCGACCCCAUCUGGCCUGAGGUCUUCGGCAGUCAGCCCUUUGAUCAACGCAAUGCCAAUAUUCUCGAGGGCACGAUUGACUCCGUCUGGCCUGAAGUUGGAUGGCCUGUCCUUUACGUUACCCAAGAAGAUGUGGUCAGAGAUGACGCUAGUCAUCGUGCUGAGGCAGCAAGCAAACAAAAAGAUGUUGAGCAGGGUCGCAUCGUCAUGGAUACGACUCAGGACCGGAAGAUUAGCCACGAGGGGAAAAGUGCCAAAGACGAAGCAAACGACGCAGUCGACGACAGUGAUGCUAGUCAACGUGCUGAGGAAGCAAGCGAAUAA